AUGCCAGAAAAAUCCACACUGCCCCUGCCCGAGCCUUGUACCUGCUGCGCCCCUUGCCCAUUCUUUUGGCAACGGGUGGUGGGUAUGCAGGGUACCGACAGUAUGCGAAGUACAGGGAGCGAGAGCUGGAGAGACUGGGAUUGGAGAUUCCGCCCAAACUUGCUGGUGACUGGGAGGUUGCAUUUCCCCCAGCUGGCCCUGAGGCGGAGGCUGGGACAGUUGAGCUGUAUGUCCAGACCUGCCCUGAAACUGCGCUCCUGGCCCCUGACGGUCCUCUACUACCUCCUGCCCUUCGGAGCCCUCAGACCGCUCAGCCGGGUGGGAUGGAGGCCCGUGAGCAGGGUGACCCUGUACAAGUCUGUGCCCACCCGCUUGCUGUCGCGGGCGUGGGGCCGCCUCAACCAGGUGGAGCUGCCGCACUGGCUGCGCCGGCCAGUCUACAGCCUGUACAUCUGGACAUUCGGGGUGAACAUGAAGGAGGCGGCUGUGGAGGACCUGCACCACUACCGCAACCUCAGCGAGUUCUUCCGGCGCAAGCUCAAGCCGCAGGCUCGGCCCGUGUGCGGCCUGCACAGCGUGAUCAGCCCAUCGGAUGGGAAGAUCCUCAACUUUGGGCAGGUGAAGAACUGCGAGGUGGAGCAGGUGAAGGGGGUCACGUACUCCCUGGAGUCCUUCCUUGGCCCUCGCACCUCUGCGGAGGACCUGCCCUUCCCACCAGCCACCUCCUUCAGGAGCAGGCUGGUCACCAGGGAGGGGAACGAGCUGUACCACUGUGUCAUCUACCUGGCCCCCGGGGACUACCACUGCUUCCACUCGCCCACUGACUGGACCGUUUCCCAUCGGCGCCACUUUCCAGGCUCCCUGAUGUCGGUGAACCCCGGCAUGGCCCGCUGGAUCAAGGAGCUCUUCUGCCAUAACGAGCGGGUGGUGCUGACUGGGGACUGGAAGCAUGGCUUUUUCUCGCUGACGGCUGUGGGUGCCACCAACGUGGGCUCCAUCCGCAUCUACUUUGACCGGGAGCUGCACACCAACAGCCCACAGUACAGCAAGGGCUCCUACAAUGACCUGAGCUUCGUGACACGCGCCAACAAGGAGGGCAUCCCCAUGCGCAAGGGCGAGCACCUGGGUGAGUUCAACCUGGGCUCCACCAUCGUGCUCAUCUUCGAGGCGCCCAAGGACUUCAAAUUCCAGCUGAAAGCGGGACAGAAGAUCCGCUUCGGGGAGGCGCUGGGCUCCCUGUAG